AUGUAUAGAACAAUGCAUAGGGCGAAUUUAAUACCUUUUCUUGCUCGUCUACCAUUCUGGCGUAAACACAUUACGGAUCGAGCUACGAGAAUGGUGAGCGCAUUCGUCGAUCAGAGUAUUAUUGAUAGACGACAAGGGAAAUCAGUAAGUUCCUGUUCAGGAGCUGAUUUACUCGAUCUUCUUCUCUACGCUAUUGAUGACGAAGGGCGACCAUUUACAGAUGAGGGAAUCAGGGAACAAACAUUGACUUUUGUUCUUGCAGGCCAUGAAACUACCGGAAAUCUUAUGACAUGGAUAAUGUAUGUUCUCAUGACUCAUGAACAUGUUCUACGAGCGUGUCGAAAUGAAAUUGAUCAAGUUUUGCCCGACCGCUUAGAAUCAACCUAUGAUCAUCUCAGUCGCUUGUGCGUGUGCGAAGCUGUUAUAUUUGAAACACUUCGUUUAUAUCCACCAGCACCUCUGUUUACUCGAUACUGCGUAGAACCACAUACAAUUGGAAGUACAGGUCAAAAGAGACUUUACAUACCUGCUCAUACAACUAUAUGGUUCAACACUUAUACACUUCACCGUCGAGCAGAAUUCUGGUCUCGUCCGCAAGAAUUCGAUUACACACGUUGGCUACGUGAUCCUUGUACAGGUCUCAAGCCCAAACUCGCCCAUCCAUUCUGCUAUCUGCCGUUCUCAGCUGGACCUCGCAAUUGUAUUGGUCAACACUUUGCUUUACUCGAAGCGAAAGUCAUUUUAUCGAUGUUUUUACAACGAUGCGAUAUUCAAAUUGAACCCGGCCAAAAAAUCACGCCUGAUAUUUGGAUCACUAUGCACCCCAAGUAUGGUCUUUUUGCAGGGGUGAAUCGGCGACUAUAG